AUGGCAAGCAAUCCUCAUUGCCCUCCUCACAUCAAAGCAUUGCUCCAAGACCUGAAAAAAUCGCAUAGCGAUACUUCUCAGGUCUUAAAAAGCUACAUAUCUUAUUUGGCAUCUGAUACAACUUUAUUUUAUAUUUACCUCAACUUAGGAUACUCUCCUGAGCUCGGGACAUUCCUAAGAAUUCCAUCCCAAGCUGAUGUUUUGCUGCAAAUUUCAAAGGAAUUUCAAGACCCAAUUCAGAAUGACUUGGAUUUUUUUUCUUCUCAAAAUAAUACCCCGACAACUGAUUGCAAUAGCAUCAUUCGAGAAGAGUUUUUGAGAACUUUUUAUGAAAAUAAUAUUGGGAUAUUGUCAGAGCCAACAGAACUUGGGUUAAAAGAGCCAAGUGGCGAUACAUAUAAUUUUGAAGGUGGGACUAUAACUCCUGCUUGAAGUAGUAUAAUUUUUCAAUACAUUUUUAAUGGCUCUGCAAAUUUAUUUCCUGAAUUAUUUAAAAAAAGAGAAUUUAUCAUAAAAUUUCUGUCAAAAUUUAAUUUAUUGAAAAAUAAAAUUUCAUCCCCAAUCCCAUCUAAAAUUAUGUCUUCUUUUACUCCUCUUACCCCUUUACAUAGACAAAUACAAUCUGAACAAAACACUCCACGUAUGAAUAGAGGGCUUAAAGUCCUCAGUCUCCGUGUAAAAGAUAUUAUCUGCCAAAAAGGCUUUUCUUGCUAUAAAGAAGUAGCUGAUGAAUUAAUUAAAGAAAUGGAGCUUGGAGACGAAAUUGAUAGAGAAAAAGAAGAAAAAAAUAUUCUUCGAAGAGUCUAUGAUGCAUUAAAUGUAUUAAUUGCGUGCGAUAUGGUAAGGAAAAAAGAUAACAGAUAUUAUUGAAAAGGAAUUACACAAGAAAUCCCUGAAAAAAUUCAAAUUAAAGCAAACCCAAAAGAAAAUGAGUUACAAUUAGCAGUUGAAGGGAAAAGAGAAAGGCUAAAAGACAUUGCAAACCGAUUUUAUGCAGCUAAAGAGCUAAUCCGAAGAAAUAAACAAAUUAUUAACAACGGCGACUCCAUUCCUUUCCCAUUCAUUGUGGUCGCUACAGAAGAAAACGGUAACAAUAAAGUAAGCUUUAUAUAGGUAAACAUCGAAUUUAAUAGAGCAAAAACUGAAGUUUCCAUUAAAUUCCAAAAAGAAAUCAAAAUGUUCGGUGACCUAGACAUUGUCGUCAAAAUGGAUUUUCAAAAAGCAGCAUACCGGAGGACCGAUAUCCCACCCGAACUUUUAGGCUUGAUUUCUAUGAAAAGUCCAAUUAGGAUUGUUAAAAAAUUAAUUUUGUAA